AUGGGAGCCCCCAGGGCACAGGGCUCAGCACCCUCAGCUGUGCUGCUACCCUGGCUGGGAGGUGGAGUGGGCUGGGAGCGCCGCUGCUCAGAGAGGUGGAACCUCGUGUGUGAGGACGGCUGGAAGGUGCCACUGGAACAGGCGGACUACCUCCUGGGCUGGUCGCUGGGCUCCGUCCUCCUGGGCCCAGGCUGUGACUGGUUUGGCCGCCGGGCGUUUGUGGGCUCCCUGGUGCUGGCCACGGGCCUGGGGGCCAGCAAGGCCCUGGCCACUGGCUUUCCAGCCCUGCUGGUUUUGCGGCUGCUUCGUGGGGGGGGGGCCUUAGCAGGGGCCUCCCUCGCCCUCUACGCGGCUCGCCUGGAGCUGUGUGACGCCCCACAGCGCGUGGCAUUCUGCGGGGCUGGCCUCUCCUCUGUGGCGGGCAUGCUGCUGCCCGGCCCGGCCCUGCUCCUGGAGGACUGGCGCCUUCUGCAGGGACUGAGCGCCCUGGCAACGGGACCCCUGCUGCUCUUUGUGGGGUUUCCAGCCCUGUUCCCCGAGUCUCCCUGCUGGCUGCUGGCCACAGGGCAGCCGGCCCGAGCCAGGAAGAUCUUGUGGCGCUUUGCGGAAGCCAGCGGUGUGGACCCCAAAGACAGCUCGGAGGAGGAGAGCUCCCUGGCUAUGGAGCUGGACGUGCUGUGUGCAGGGAGCCCCCAGCCCUGGCACCACUCGGUCCUGGAACUCCGGCAUACCCGCAUCGCCUGGAGAAACGGACUCAUCCUGGGCUUCAGUUCGCUGAUCGGCGGCGGUAUCAGAGCCAGCUUCCUGCGCAACCUGGCCACGCGUGACCCCGCCUUCUAUUGGCCCUAUCUCCUGGAGGCCAGCCUGGAGGCAGCGGCCACCGUCUUCCUGCUCCUGACAGCAGACCUCUGGGGGCGCCGCCCAGUCCUGCUGCUGGGCACCUUGGUGCUGGGCCUGGCAUCCCUGCUGCUCCUUGCAGGGGCCCAGUACCUGCCUGGCCGGACGGUGCUGUCUGUCUCUGUCCUGGGGCUCCUAGCCCAGGCAGUGUCCGCCCUCAGCAGCCUCUUUUCAGCCGAGGUCUUCCCCACGGUGAUGAGCGGUGCCGGGCUGGGCCUGGUGGUGGCAGCUGGGUUCCUGGGCCCGGCGGCCGCCCCGCUCACCGACAUGCAUGGCUGGCACGGCUUCUUCCUGCAACACGUGGGGCCGCCCCCGCCAGCACCACCUGCCCGCUGCCAGCCUCCCUCCCCAGGGCCGGGACACAGCUGGUCCAGGAGGGGUGACCAGGCCGCAGGGACACGCCACCCGCCAGUACGCCGCAGACGGGUCUCGGGAAGGAACGGGAAGGCGCUGGGAAGCAGGCCUCUUUGCCGGGGGUCCCUGGUUCCCCCUCCACGCGGGGAGCAUAAAGGCGUCCAUGGAACUUGGCACCCUCGCUGGCUCUUCCCUCAGGCCGCACCCUUGGCUGAAGGGGGCUUCUGGUGUCCCCCUCCCCCUCACAGCCAGGCAUCCGCAGCCCCUCCCACUGACCCCACCCCCUCGGGGGACGGCCCACUGCUGCAGCUCUGGUGGGACUGA